AUGAAGGAUCGCCACGGUGGCCCCAUCCAGAUUGCGCUGCAGGAGCCUCACUUGGGCACUGACCUUGGAGCUUUCCUCUCUGUUGCAGAUGAGCCUGAUCCUGCCCUCUCCGGUGCUGUCCCAGCCCCAGCUCACAGGACCGAACUCGGCUCCAAGACCGAGGAGCAUUUAGAGUUCCAGAAGGCUUUGUACAGAGCAGACGCCAGGAGCUCCCUGGAGCUGCGUGCCAUGACGGUGUCCGGCAGUGUGCCCUGGGACACCUCCGCCCUGGAGACGCGAGGAGGCGAUGGCAGAGAAGAAAGCACUUUAGAGAGACUCUCUAGCUUGAAGGACUCAAAGGAUGUGUCGACAUUCCCUGGGGAUCCCCAGGUUGUAAAUACGGUGCGGGUGGAUCCUGAGGACCUGGAGAGUGACGCCGAGGAGCUGGGUGCUGGCAUGGCGGCAGCCGGGAUACCCAACCCUUGCACGGGGCCACCGGUGGGGGGUGGGGAGGAGAAAUACCUUAAACCUGAACCAAAGCAACUUGAAGGCGUCGGCAAAGAGCACUUAGAGAAAAGCAGGAGGGGGACACAGAGGGUCGAUUGGAUUUCUCGACCCAACAGAAGCCCAAGUCCUCACUACAAAGAUGUGAGCAAGCCGACGGAUGUAGCAACCAACGUACCCUUCCGGGGACAGGCUGUGCGUGAAGUGCCUCCUCCGCUGACUCCGACGGUGUUCAGGAAGUCUCUGAACCCUGUCCUCAGCAAGUCCAAAACUCUCGAGACCCCCUCGUCCCACAGGAGGGGGCUGGGGGUCGACUCGGACGCGGGUGAGAUGGGUGCGCUCAGCGCAGCUGAGUGGACCAUCCCAAAGCCAGCUCUGCAGCUCAGCACCGACCUCGCCAUCGGCAAGCAGUCGUGGACGGUGAAUUCUGAGGAUUCGGUGGAGAGGAUCCCACUGAUGUCCCUGGAGCCCACUCCCUGCAGCUCCUAUGAUGUGGAGAUGAGGCCCUAUGUGUGCAGCGUGCUGGUGGAGGAGCAGGGCAAAGAGGAGCUGGGUCCUGAGGAGGAUCCCACGGUGUACACGUGCAUCGAGUGCAGCAUCUACUUCAAGAAGAAGGAGCACCUGAUGGAUCACAUGCUCCAGCACAACCGCGGGCCAGGGAGGGACCAAGAGGGGGAUGCUCUCGGAGGGCAGUGCCAGUUCUGCUGCAAUGAGUGCGGGUGGGCCUUCGGGGACCUCGCGUCCCUGGAGCAGCACAAAAGGCUCCACCAGGAAUCCAGGGAAAAAAUCAUCGAGGAGAUCCAGAAGCUGAACGAGUUCCCGGAUGAAGGUCGGGAAGCCCGGCUGCAGUGCCCCAAGUGCGUCUUUGGCACCAACUCCUCCAAGAUCUUCGUGCAGCACGCCAAGAUGCACGUCAAGGAGAGGAAGGACCAAGGAGCGAAGAGCCUGAAUCUCUACGGGAGCGGAGAGCUGCAGGAUAGCCCCGUGCACAGCAUGUACAAACACUUCAAACCCAACGAGCACCUGGCCCUGCAAGUGCAGGCGCCUCCGCACGGCAAAGGGCUCAGCACCUGCGUGCUCUGCAGCUUCCCGGCACCCAACGAGAACAUCCUCAAAGAGCACAUGAAAUACGCCCAUUCCCACCUCUCUUGGGAUGCAGAGGUGUACGAGGAAGAUCCCAACCAACCGGGAACCAGCAGGGAUGCCUACAGCCCCGCCAGGACAGGCUGCUUUGCAGAGACUGAUUAUUUUGGCAAAGCAGACCAGCUCUUCCCUUCGCCCCACCGAGAAAGCGCGUCGCAUUACGACGUGCACAGUUUCACCGUCGAUCACCCAAGACUCAACAAAAGCAACGGGGGCAGCAAAAAGGACUACGUGACGUCGGGGUUCCAUGCCAGGAAAGCGGCCCCGUAUGCUGCCCGCCACAAAAACCUGGGGCUCUCCUCCACAAAGGCUUAUUCGCAGUUUGCUCUGCAGCACCUGAAAAAAAAAACAGCAGCUCAGCAGCUUGAAGCCGAAGGCGAUGGUCUGAGGAGUCACUCAACUGGACUGGAGGAGGUCAGGCACAAAUGGAUGUUUAUCAACGAGGUGGGGGGCGUGGAAGGGGAGUUCUCCAUGGCCGCGGACACGGACUUGAUGGAGCACAGAGUCACCAAACCCGUCACCAUCCCUCAAGCUGCUUUGGACCUCAAGAGGACGUACAGAGACACGCUGAGAGCCACGGACCCUUCGAUUGCCUCCGAAGAGCAGCAGCAGCAGCUGCGGAUGAUGGUGCCCAUCGUUCUGCUGGAGGAGGUCAACCCACACCCCAAAGCAAAGAAGCGGCCCCGGGCAAAGCCCUACAAGAAGAAAACAGCAUUCCCAUCGCGGGAGUUCAUGAUGGAAGAGCCUCUUCCCUUGGAUGUGCUCCUGUUGGACUCUCCUUUAGAGUUUGAUGACUUUUUGGACUCCGACUCGCCCAUGUUGAAAAACGAGGAGAGGAAGUGCCCGUACUGCCCGGAUCGGUUCCACAACGGCAUUGGGCUGGCGAACCACGUGCGGGGCCACCUCAACCGUGUUGGGGUGAGCUACAACGUCCGGCAUUUCAUCUCGGCGGAAGAAGUGAAAGCUAUUGAGCAAAAAUUUUCCUUCCAAAAGAAGAAGAAAAAAGGUAUUGCAAACUUUGACCCGAGCACGUUCAGCCUGAUGCGAUGCGAGUUCUGCGGGGCCGGCUUCGACACGCGCGCCGGGCUCUCCAGCCACGCCAGGGCCCACCUGAGAGACUUUGGUAUUACCAACUGGGAGCUCACCAUCUCGCCCAUCAACAUCCUCAAGGAGCUGUUGGCCAACUCGGCGGAGUACCCCAUGCUGCAGGCGGCGGUGGGAGCGGAGCCCUCGUCCCCGGGCCGAGAGCCGCACGGCUUCGUGCCCCGCAAGAGCAUGACCCCCAUCUCCGAGUGCAGCAUUCCACGCUCUCCUCUGUCCCCAUUCCCCCCAUCCUGGGGAGAUGAGUCCUUGCAGUCCUACAGAGACGGUGAGUGAAGCCACAGACCCUUUUGCUGGCCAACUCCUCGUGAUCCUUGGUGCAGGGGACGGAUUGCUUGGUGGAACCUGGUGUUGAUUUGUGCAUCUCUGUCGUUGUCGUCGUGCUGGGUGAAGUCUGGGGCAGGUGAAGGUGUGGUGAUGAAAUAUCUCAAGCUGUGGAUGGAGAGGUUGCCUCCUGCUUGGGUGGCAGCUGUGCUUAGGAAGAUGAUUUCUGUCAGCAAAACUCAUAAACCCAGAAUGCGCAUUGGGGUGUUUGAGGCAGAGGAGCGUGCUUUGGGAUAUUUGGGACAGAGAAGUGUGUGUUGGGUGUUGGGGCCGAGUGUGGCCACCCUGCUCUUUACCCACGUAGAAGGUGCUGUGUUCACCCCUUGACUGCUCGUUUUUUCUAGAUGCUGUUCUCCCAGGGGGAGAUUGAGGUUUGACCCUUGGGUCUUAGUGAGGCCUUUCCAUCAGCAGAGCCCCCAGAGCACUCAUGGAGCAGCACUGGGUUCAGAGCAGUGGCUCUUCCCAAAAAGCUUUCAAACUUCCCCCAAAAAGCAGACUUGGCACAAAAUCUUUGCAACAGCAGCGUUCUCCCAAAGGCUGGAAACUUGCUCGCGCGCUGCGAGAAAGUGACGUUGGGUGCUCCAUCACCUGGUUGAAGUCCUUCUUGUGGAGGUUGUGCUUCUCACUGCAGGGAUCCAUCCGUCUUCAACUGAAAUAUCAUAAAGCUUGUAAUCCCUGCUCUCCAUAAUGAACGCAGAUGAGCACAGCCAAUGCCAGCUCUUAAUUCUUAGCUUGAAAGAGCUGGAAGACAAAGAGCUCCAAGCCCAGGGCAGGGGCUGAUGCCAAGGAGAGAGCUGAGCGGGGUUCCUGCUGCCAGUGGCUGAUGCUCCUAUUGUCUGGGGCAACCAUUCAGAAAUUUCUAGGUGCACGGUGCCCAAAAUUCACAUGAGGCAUUGUGGAUAGUGCUUGAAAGCUCAGAGUCUGGUAGGGAUGAGCGUUGGGAGGUGUCACGGCGAAGGACCGCAGCCACCUUCUGCUCGUGAGGGGGAGGUUGAAGCAGUUCUGAACAUAGUGAACUGGUAUCAGAUGUCCCCAGUAUUAAAUUUAAGGGGAAAAAAAAAGAAAAAAAAAAAGGAUUUGUCUUGAGAAAAGAGAUGUGUGUUGAGCUGUUGAGCUAGGAUUUUGCCUAUGGGUUUGGCCAGCAGUGCGCAGCUUUUUGGUGUGUGAUGUUGGGAGCAUCUCCCACUCCAUCCCAUCUCCAUAUCAGGUUGCAGAGCGGCAGUGGGCCGGAACCCAAAGCCAACUCACCAGAAAGGUGACAAACCUCACCAAAAACAAGGAGGGGAAGGGAAGUGCUGCUCCCAGCUCCAGGGCUGUGCGUGAGAUGGCUGCAUGGCGUCGCCGGGCUGCGCGGAACAGACUGGACUCUUGCAAAGCAGCUGAGCACACAGUUGUUGGGUU